GAUUCGUGUUUCGAAACUUGAAGCUUGAAAGUUGACGGGUUGAUGGAUCUGUGUCAUGAUCUUGACUUGUACUUCCAAGUUCCUUCCUGAAGCUUGUCCUAAAGUUCAAGUUCGAGCUCGAGCUCGAGCUAUACGAUAUGCGGUCACUGAGCAUGAUUGUGCCUACAAGAUUAACAUACAAGGCAACGUAGUAACGUUUUCUUUCAUUGUGCCGAGGAGUCGAGACUACGACGCGAGCGUGGUUAUGUUACACUCUGCUUUCCUCACAGGAAUGAUAGCGCAGUCAAAGAGCACCCCGGGAGACCCAGGGCAUAACCUGGUUAAUUACAACCCAACCGACAAUCACGUCCCAAAUCCUCUCUCAGUCUUCGGGGACACUACUCUCACUAGGUCAUUCUAACCCGGAGUGUGUCAACAAGAUCACAAAAGGAACCUUCAUCGGCCAUACGUGGAUAAGUACGCUGACUACAC